AUUGGGAGGAGCUGCCAGUCGUGUGUUGAUGUGGUUCAAUGUAGCCAUUUGCAAGCAAGGCGAUCUACUUACCUAGUCCAGUUAUCUGGUUGCAAAAGGCUGCAAAAGGCAACCAGUUUUUCAUACAGAAGCUCCCCAUCAACGGGGCACCGACACCACAGCCAAAGGGUCACGUUUACGCUGAAGAAUUCCCUCCAUUUAUCCAAGAAGUCAGCUGCGAACGAUAGCCCGCACCGACGAACCUCUAUCUUCCACCCGGUUCACCACAUACGGCGGUUGCAGCCGUCUAAUAAAAAAACAUCAAAACAAAAUGAGGCCAUUCCUGCCAUUGCUCACUCUGAGCACCGUCGCGCAAGCUCUGUACUUUUACAUUGACGGCCAUGCUCCCAAGUGUUUCUACGAGGAGCUCCCCAAGGACACAUUGGUGGUGGGCCACUACAGCGCCGAGGAGUACGACGACCACCGGAAGGCAUGGUGGAAGCACGACGGAAUUAGCAUUUACAUCUCGGUAGACGAAACCUUCGACAACGACCACCGCGUCGUCUCGCAAAAGGGCAGCAGCAGCGGUCGUUUCACUUUUACCGCCGCCGAGUCGGGAGAGCACAAGCUCUGCUUUACGCCCUCGUCCAACAGCGGCAACACAGGCUGGCUGUCCACCGGCAACCAGAACGGCGGCAUCCGCCUGACGCUCGACCUGGCCAUCGGAGAGACCUCGGCCCUCGAGAGCAGCGACAAGGACAAGCUCGAGGACAUUGCUACCCGCGUCAAGGAUCUCAACAUGCGUCUGCAGGACAUCCGCAGAGAGCAGGUCUUCCAGAGAGAACGUGAGGCAGAGUUCCGUGAUCAGUCAGAGUCCACGAAUGCUCGCGUCGUGCGGUGGAUGCUCAUCCAGCUUACUGUGCUCGGAAUUACUUGCGCAUGGCAGCUGUCACAUCUGCGAUCCUUCUUCAUCAAGCAAAAGCUCACAUAGAAGUUGUAUGCUACAUGGUGGGUGGGUGUUGAAGAUAUUAAAAGGGUAUUACGUGGGACUCUGGUGGCGACUUGCUUUUCUGUGCCGGUGUAUUUAUCACAAAAAAUGCAAGAUUUCUAUCUCCGUAGAUGUAAAUUGUUACGAAGAUUUAUACGCAGAAGCAUAAACGCGAUAUUUGUGCACAAAUGUGCCAUGAUCAUUGCGCUAAGCAGGGUGAAGACUACCAAGGG